CAGCAUCUUCCCCAGAGUUAAUCCCCAAGAUCACAGGGACACACAACCAUGUGCAAGGCAGUCGUCUCCCUCACCUCGGUGCUCCUCGUGCUGCUCCUGGCCUGCAACUCCUCGCUGGCCCAGAUGCCCUACUCGGAUUACAGGCUGUGCAGCGAGAAGCUCAACGACAUGAUGAUGAUGGUGUGCGACGAGUUCAAUAGCAUAAUGCCCCAGAAGCGGGGCAUGAGUAAGUCAGUUGCCAGUGAACUGGACCCACUCGAUCCCAUUCAGUACGUGGAGGCCAAUGAGGAACCGGGGCAGCUGACCAGUCCGCUCCUGCGCGGUCGCUUCUAUGGAGGCGAAGUCGCGGCCCUCAAUUCCUUGGCUUCCAUACGGCGACGCACGCGAGAGGGCAUCGUGGACAGGUGCUGCAAGCACACCUGUCCCUACGCCGUCCUCAUGGAGUACUGCUCCGUGGCGGCCAGUCCGUAAAUUGCUCUCCAAUCCGAAUCACUCUUCCGACUCUUGACUCAGGACCCAAUUGUUUGCCUCAGGACCUGGUUGCAAACCAGUACAUACGAAGGACGA